GACUUGAUUAUUUUUCAGACAAAAUCAACUAAGCGGCGAGCUAGUUUUAUAUAAUUUGUACAUAAAUAAAAUAACUAGUGUUUCAUAAUAUAAGUUUUUUGAUUCUUUGUUAAAAUGGCAUCGGCGCCUGAGACUAAAACGAUAGAAACGGAGACUGCUACACCUAAUUCUAGUUUCAUAUAUGAAAUUUUAUAUAGUCCGGUAAAUUUGCUGUUAACUGUGAUUAUUGUUAUAUUGGUGUAUAAAAUAUUUAGAAGCAAGUUCGGAAAAGUGUACGUGGAACCACCGACGCCGGAGCUUCCAAAAAUUAGAAAAGACAUGACAGUAGCAGAACUUCGGCAAUACGACGGCACACAGACCGAUGGUCGGGUUCUGGUGGCGGUAAACGGGUGGAUAUUCGAUGUGACGCGAGGACGCCGCUUCUACGGACCCGGUGGUCCAUAUGCAGUUUUUGGGGGGAAAGAUGCAUCACGAGGCUUAGCUACAUUCUCUGUGACAUCAACAGAUAAAGAGUAUGAUGACCUCAGUGACCUUAAUUCUAUGCAGAUGGAAUCUGUUAAGGAGUGGGAAGCUCAAUUUAGAGAGAAAUAUGACCUCGUGGGUAGAUUACUUAAGCCUGGAGAAGAGCCGACGAACUAUUCAGACGAGGAGCCAGAGGAAACCGACAAUUCGACCAGCAGUCCCGACGACAAGAAAGACCAAUAAACUUAACCGGCAGUGACUAUCGAUGGGUUAACCAAACAAAUAUGACUGUUAUUGCAAUUUGUUAAUCGUACAAUUUUUACUUACAAGAUUUCAAAGUUACAUUCAUUGAGAGCAAUACAUCUUGAUAGUAGUACAUCUUCUUCUUACAGCUGUACGGAGAGUGCUAUUUAGUCACGAUACAAGUGACCAUUGACCGCGCUAAUCAAGCUCCUUCAGUGUACUAUAUAUCACGCGUGUCCAAUAGCAAAAGUAAGUUUUUUAUUGAUUAAAUUCUUAAUAGGUGAAGUCUGGAAGUAAGCAAUAUUUUCACUCGUACCUCGCAUGUGAAGCUGUUGACACGGCGACUGAAAUACGUUAAAACUGCUUGAAUUAUUUAGAAUUAAUUUCAUACAUUUUCUAUUAUUAUUAUUAUCAGGGAUUACUUAGAAGACUUGAUGGGUGUAAGUUUAAGUCAGAGGUUAUUGUGAUUUGAAUCGUGAUUGCAACAAAAUUUCAUAGAAAACAAACAGUUGCUUUAGUAGGACCGUAAUAGUCCCAUUGAAAUCUCCAACGCAAACUAUAUUGCGAGAUGUUCUCACCCUGUUUACUCGUGAUAAUUUAAACAACAUUACAUUUGUUUGGUUAAUCUAGUAAGGUACUACUUAAUUUUAUUUUCACAGAAUAAAACAAGUAUUUUACACUUGUUCCGUCCUGCUAGGAUACAAACGGUAAUUCAAAAAUUGUAAAAAAAAAAGAAUGCUUCUUAUUUUAAAUAUAAAAAUUACACAUUAAAUACUAAUCACAUUUCCAAGCUUCAUAUAUAUCGUACCACGUAUACUAAAUAUAUAAAGUGUAUAGUUGAUUGAAUACUCUAUAUUUCAACCGUAUAAUAGCAUUUCUAUAUGAAAUAAAACAUCACGAAGAAGAUCUUUAAGCAUAUAUUUUAAUACUUAUGAUUUAAGAAGUGAGGUACAAAAUGUACGUAAUAAAAAUAACAUCAUUUUUGUAUAUACAUGAAUGGUACAAAUGUCGAAAUAAAAAGGUAUUUUUGUAAAAUUUCACUUUUGUAGUCAAUUCUCAGCUAUAAUGAAAAAUACUUUAGCUUCACCUUUGCCUUAAAUGGGUUUAAGUGACAAAAGUCGUAUGAAUACAAUCGAACUCGUUUAAUUAAAAAAAAUGACCUCGACCUGUUCCCAAUGAGAAACAAUCGUAUGUACUGCAAGUGCAUUGUUUCAAAAUCGCGUUUGCGUAAGGCCCCGAACAAACAGAAAAACAUUCUAUCUUUUGAAACGUACACGUGGUAAGAUGAGUCUGCUUUUUGUUCGAGCCAUUAACAUCUCAUCGCUAUGUUAGGUCAUUUUAAGGUUAUGUCAGAUGAAUAAACAAAAAUACAAGCACAUUAAACGUAAAUUAAAAACUACUACGAAACAAAACUUCAGGGUAAUCAAAAAUAUAAAAUAUUUCUUGGACUUUUUUAAAUAGCCAAGCACAAUGGAUAACGAUUAAAAUCGAGACAAACCAAAAAAACGCCAUUAUCUUUAUCGUCAUUAAGUCGCGCCAUUAUUUUUAAAUAAUCGAGGAACGUUACAAAAUGAAACAUUUUUGGUAAUUAAAUACUUUAGAAUACCAAAAAAGAAGAAAUACACAUUUUUCUUGUACAACUUGUUAUAUAAAAAAGCAAUACAAUCUAAUUGUACUUAUAAUUUUGCUUAAUAAUAACAAAUUAUUUUUAAUAAAAUAACAAUUUUUGAUUUGCCGCUUUGUUCACACAGCAGGUUAUAUUACGCUUUAUUUAACAUUAAAAAUACAUACAUAUAAAUAUAUAUAUAUAAUUAUACUCUGCCUUGUAUAGACGUCGGUUGCUAAGGUUUCAUGUUUAAAUUAUAUUAUGUAUACAACAUAAGAUCUUUUUAAACAUGUGAUAUAAAUAACCGAUAAAGCUGUAUAUAUAUAAUUGUUAGAAAAUUAUUUUUACACUUUACAUACUGUAUACGUAAUUGAUGUCGUGAAAAGUAAUAUAAAUGAAUUGAUUUUGUUAUUAUUUUGUAAAAUAACGCGCCUUUAAAAAUAAAACUCUAAACGUUUUAUAGGUAAACGUAUUGUUUAGUUAAACCUUCUAAAUGAAAUCGUCAAAUGUAAUGGAAGAGAUGUAUAUGAUGCCUUAAGUCGUGUUUUAAGUUCACAUAUGUAUGUAUAUUUAUUUAUUGACAUUUUUUUUUUAUAGUCAAACUGUCUUCGAAAGAUUUAGUUGAUCGUGUUUUGUCUUUAAAGGAGCGAUAAUGAAUACAUUAAACACCAAUGAAGACAUGAGGCCUCAGUGACCAUUUUAAAUGAGAUGUAUUAUACUAAAAAAAGUUGUUGCAAAUUUAAAAUUAAAAAAUAAAUUAACUAUAUAUUAUGUAUACUGCGAAUAUGUAUUUACAAAUAUAUAUAAAUUGAAAGACUGAAAUGGCAAAUUAGGUUGAUAACAUCGAGGGAUAUGAACAAAAUUUGUUAAUUGCACAUUCCUAGUUCAAUCGGUAAAUAAAGAAAGUUGUAUCAACUAAUAAACAUCUGCCUGUUGUGUUGAUGCCGGCGGAUUACUUGUACACGAUGUCUUAACUUAAUUGACGGGACUCUUUCAAUUCCAAUCAUACUUAUAAAGCCGUAUAACCUUUUCAAAAACAAACAUUUAAUUAAGCAAUUUAUUAAAAUUAAUACUAUUUGGUUUACUGGUACAAAUUAGUGUGCAGUGUUACCAGCCACAAAAACAUGUAUUCAAUAAUUUCAAGAUUGACACGUGAAAUAAAUGUCUGUACAAAGAAGAGCGAGUCUUUAAUGUCAAAUAAGUUAAGAUAUAUUUUACAAAAGAAUUCGCCCCAAUGUUUCGCAUUUAUUGUUUUUUUUUUUUUUGUAUAUCACGUUUACAUUCAGCCCACUUACACUGAUAGUUCACAUAAACAUUCGUGGUCUCCCCUCUGUCUACCCCCUCUUCUAUUGCCGUGUAACUGGGUUAAAUGUUAAUAAUGUUGAUAUUAAAUAUAAUGUUGCUGGAAAUCGAAUAUUGAAUGAACUUUAUCUACUAAGAUUCACACGAUUAUCUUACGGUACUUAAAUGUUUUUAUUUUUAACACUUUCUGGGACAAUAAACGCCUAUAGACGUCAUAACAAUGACUUAUAAGCUAUAGCGGUCGUGUGUAAUGUCCCUGAAAAUGUUAAACGUCUGAUUUAAAUCUGACAAGACGUAAAAACAGCAAUAACAAAAUGUGCAUAAUAAAAUAAUGUUUUUUGUUGAUAAUUAAGUUAAAAAAGACCACCACGCUCAGUCGUGUGAUUUUUAUACAAUUUUGUUUUUCCCUUGAAUUGUGUACAAUGUAUGAAGCAAAUUAUAGGUUUUUCAUGGAUUUGUUUUCAUCAUUUUGUAUACAAUAAGAUUUGUUCAAUGUUGUAGUUUGUAUUUAUUGUUUUUUUUUAAGCGUUAAGAUGUGUCGUGUGUGAUGAGGUUGCGUUUGGGGUUAUGAAAAUUAACUUUUGUUAUUUGUAGCUAUUUAUAUAAGCUUUGUUUUAAGUUUGGGAAACUCUCUUAAUAUACGUUUUUAACACUAGACGAUCGCUUUUAUUGGAAUUAAUAAAUUCAAUUUGAAUAUUUA